CGUUCUCACACCUCGGCUCUUCAACUUAACCCGACAACAAACUGGAGGAGUCAAGCCGGACAAGCAAUUUAGUGAAAGAAGAUUCCUGGGAGAAGCAGAUUCCUUUUAUUUUAAAGACCUGCUGGAUUUGGACUCAGAAACAGUGAGUUGAUAAAAAUCUAAUGUGAGCUUUCUAGCAGGACCAGAGCUCUUGUUUUGAUCUGUCCAGGAUCUAAAUUGUUUCCUCCGACGCAGGGAAUUUCCUCAGAGCUGUGGAACACUGUGCAGCUUUUGCAGCAAGUUCACUGUUUAAUCUGUCUUUUAAGGGAGGAUUUUUUGAACAACAAUGCCAGUGGUCAAAGUGGAGAAAGAGUCUCCAGCAGACACCACCUUGCCUGCCUCCAAUCCUCCUCCACAGACUGAGGAUCAGCCCCGAGGUCGGAGGAGGAAGAGACCCCUCCAGAGGGGGAAACCUCCGUACAGCUACAUUGCACUCAUCUCCAUGGCUAUUGCCAACUCCCCGGACCGCAAACUGACACUGGGGGGCAUCUACAAGUUCAUCACAGAGCGCUUCCCCUUCUACAGAGACAAUUCAAAGAAAUGGCAAAACUCCAUUCGCCAUAACUUGACUCUCAAUGAUUGUUUUAUCAAGAUCCCCCGAGAGCCGGGACGGCCGGGGAAGGGCAACUACUGGGCACUGGACCCCAACGCAGAGGACAUGUUUGAGAGCGGCAGCUUUCUGAGACGCAGGAAGAGGUUUAAGCGCUGUGAUUUGAGCACUUACACCUCGUACGUGCACGAGACGCCAGUCUUCUCUCCGGUCCAGAUCACCAGAUCAGCCGCAUACACCAACUCAGUCUACCCCAACAUGACAGUCAGCUCCACCUACGGGCAGCAGCUGCCCUCCGCUUAUUACCCCUCCUCAUCACCUCCAGGGUUCGGACACGGUCAGGCCCGCAUGUUCAGCAUCAACAACAUCAUCGGACACCCGAGUCCAGCCGGCAUGCUGUCGGGUCAGGGGCCAGACGUGAUACAGCAAUCCAACCGGAGCUUCAGUCCUGAGGGCCUCUCCAGUGGGUCCAGUCCCUGCAGCCUGGGAGCUCCGGGCUUCCAGAGUCAACCAUGCGGAGGUCCUGUUGCAUCCCGCCCCUCUACACAUGCAGGGUUCACCUACUCUGGUCCAAACAGCCACCACCACCCGCACCAGGGCUCGUACGGACAGAGUCACACCCAGGGCUACGCAGCCGGAGGACGGAUCCAUGCCUCGGCUCACGGGCCCACAGAAACCAUGGACCAUUACAGCAGAGGCUCCCCAGUGCAGCUGGGCUCUUUCUCCCAGUAUAACGGUGCUGCAGGUCCCAUCGCCAACACCGGGGGGUACCUGAGACACCCCACGUACCCGGGGAAUAUGGACCGCUUUGUUCCUGCUAUCUAAGCUACUGAGAAUCUGAGCAUCUCAACACAUUUUUUUUUUUAAAAAGAGCGUCAGAGACUUGAGACGUCAUAAAGUGAGCCAUCCAAACACGAUCACUUUUCUUUGUUCUUAACUUUCAUUCAGGAAAAGAAUUACCAGGCUGACCUCUGUUGACAUAACUGUGAUUUUCCACAUUAUUCCUAAAACCCAUUUUCCAAACUGUUUUUAGACACAUAGCUUUAGUUUAAACGUCUUCACAGCAUGAGCUCUAGAGUGUAUAAUACAUUGAAUUUGUGUGCUGUUGCAAGUUGUUUUUCUUUUUAUUGCGCCAUGACUUGAAUGUCCAAGUAAAAUAUUUGCAGUACUGCUGAGUUUAAAAUGUUUGUAUAAAUUAUUGUGCUUCGUGGUCAUAGGUGUUGCAAUAAGUGGCUUGUAUGAAGAAGCUUUAAUGCAUCUGCAUGUAUUUCGUUGCCAAAUGAAAAUGCAUUUUUGCCUCUUAUCUUUUUGGA